UUUUAAAUGGAUAUUAGACAUGUUUUACAUGUAAUUGGGGAAAAAUAAAAUUCAAACAAAAAGAGGAGCGGGGCCGGCAGCCGAGCUGUUGUCCUUGACCUAAGGACCCCAGCUGCCCCUUGGGACGUCGAGGGCAACCACAACCGCGGGGUCGUGGGUAGCGGGGGCUGCUCCGAGCGCCCCUCACCCCGGGCAGGAGGCGGCCUGGGCUCGGUCCCCGCACCCCUCAGGCUCUCGCGGGCAGCGAGCUCUAGGGUCAGGCUUCGCUUUGGGAAUCCGAGACACCAGCGUCGGCCUUCCAGCCCCGCUGGCUAGGCUUCACGUCCCUGAACACUCCGGUCGCCACCCCUCCACUCCGAAGCUCAGUGGAAUCGCCUGGCCCAUUCAUUUCCUCCCCACACCCCCACCCGACAGGGCGCGAUUCCUCUUCCUCCCCGUAUGCUGCAUUACAAUGGUACAGUCUUCUCUCUCCUCGCCCUCCCCUCUUCAGAAGCGCAUCACACAGGCGCCGUAGGGCUGUCUAGGUCCUUUUUGACCUCCUCCUACCUCCGUAGCAGGAAUCUCGGUGACACGUUUCCAUGGGGCCUUCGGUAGCGUGUUCGGAAGGGGGGCGUGAAAGGAGGCGUGGCUAGGACCUUUAAAGGGGCCGCGCCUCAGGUGAACCUGGACCUUAGCCGACCUGGCGCUGGACUAUCCCAAUCCGAACCUGUAAACUAAGGGGAACAUUGGCUACUGACCAGGCUCUGGGAGGAAACUGUACCUGACUGCUUGGCAGGGCCUGAGCCACGUCCACACCCCAGACCCUCCUGGAGGCUUGACUGGGAGCUUCUAGAGCUGCCUGCUUGGCACAGCUUAGUGACAAAUUUCAGCUUCCUUUCUUCCCCCAGUGUGAACCAUGUCGGGAAAGGUGCUGGUGACCGGAGGAGCUGGCUACAUUGGCAGCCACACCGUCCUGGAGCUACUGGAGGCUGGCUACCAGCCCGUGGUGAUUGACAACUUCCACAACACCAUCCGAGGGGAGGGGCCCAUGCCUGAGAGCCUAAGGCGAGUGGAGGAACUCACCGGCAAGAAGGUGGAGUUUGAGGAGAUGGACAUCUUAGACAAGGCAGCCCUGCGGGGCCUCUUUAAGAAGCACAGCUUCAUAGCUGUGAUCCACUUCGCCGGGCUCAAGGCUGUCGGGGAGUCAGUGCAGAAACCCCUGGAGUAUUACAAGGUCAACCUCACAGGGACCAUCCAGCUGCUGGAGAUCAUGAAUACGCACGGUGUGAAGAACCUGGUGUUCAGCAGCUCAGCGACCGUGUAUGGGAACCCCCACUACCUGCCCCUGGAUGAGGACCACCCCACUGGGGGCUGUACCAACCCAUACGGCAAAUCCAAAUUCUUCAUCGAGGAGAUGAUCCGGGACCUGUGCCAGGCAGAGAAGGCCUGGAAUGCCGUGCUGCUAAGAUACUUCAACCCCAUCGGAGCCCACGCCUCUGGCCGCAUCGGUGAGGACCCACAGGGCAUCCCCAACAACCUGAUGCCCUACGUCUCCCAGGUAGCAGUUGGACGUCGGGAAGUCCUCAACGUCUAUGGCAAUGACUACGACACAGUCGAUGGGACAGGUGUCCGGGAUUACAUCCAUGUUGUGGACUUGGCCAAGGGCCACAUCACAGCCCUGAAGAAACUCAAGGAACAAUGUGGCUGUCGGAUCUAUAACCUGGGGACUGGCACUGGCUAUUCUGUGCUACAGAUGGUGACUGCCAUGGAGAAAGCCUCCGGAAAGAAGAUCCCGUAUAAGAUUGUGGCCCGCCGGGACGGGGACGUGGCUACCUGCUAUGCCAACCCCACACUGGCCCAGGAGGAGCUGGGCUGGAAAGCGGAUUUUGGCCUAGACAAGAUGUGUGAGGACCUUUGGCGGUGGCAAGAACAGAAUCCAACAGGAUUUAGCAGCCAGGCCUAAGCAGCCACUCAGGAACAUGGGAAAUGAGGGACCUCCCUAGGCUGAGCUUUAACUUGGGCCUUAUCCCAUCUCCGGCCUCCCUAGGAUGAAGAGAGGGAGGGGCAGAUGCUGAACCUCAGACCCCAGCUAAGCUUGACUCCUGUUUACUCAGGAGGGCCAAGGAGAGAGGCCAGGGCCUUAUCUUCCUACCUCACUCCAUCUCACUCUCCCCUGAUGCAGGGGAACUCUUUCUACCAAGAGCUGAAAACUCAUCUCUUCCCUCUCCAAGAUCAAGAUCCAUCCAAGAGGGGGACCUGCUGUGGUCCCCAAAGCGCAAGGGGGUUGGAUGGGGAGCCAUGGGUCAGGCCCAGCCCCGCUCCUCCCAAAAGUCAUUUCUAGUCUUGUAAUCAGGUCGACAAAUAAAAGUUUCUUACACUUUG